CGCAGAUCCAUUGGAGCUGGUCGUCGGAAUAUGGAAUCAGCACGAGAGGCAGAUAGACAGCUAGCCACCUUUGUGACCAAAGCGCCUGCUCAUAUCAUUUUCACGAUGGCAUCGCAUGCUAAUCCCAAGGCACCAGCAGAAUCUUCGAAAGGAAGAAGGACCUCUCAGGAUCUACUAGACGACCCAUUGCUGGUCCGUGCCCUGGAACGUCGAGGACUAGAACCGAGUCCGCUUCUUUUCCUCAGUGAUGUAAUCGACGUGGCCAAUAGAGACACAAUGCUACAUGCUCUGGCUCGUUCAUGCGAUUGGCACGCGUUCAGUAUUGUGGCGGCUCGAGGAGGCAACAUGUUAUGGUUGUUGGAGAUGGAGAAUUCAAAUUGAAUUGUCACUUUUGAUGUACUUUCCGAGCUAGAUCAUGUAGAUUCUUGUCAGAUUCCUUAUAAAUAUUAUAAUAUUGGCAGUCUAGCUUAUGUGAUCGAACGCCACCCUUCCUACUCCUCAUAAUCUAUCCUACCGGCGUCCAUGGGUAAGGAACUUCAGUGCUCGACCUAAUAUUGUCGUAGCUUAAUUGGCUAGCAAGCCAGUCGUGAGCAGAGAUGACCACUGCACCCUCCCCAGUCAAAUACUAAGAUCUCCUCGUAUAAAUGCUAUCCUUUACUCAGUCAAGCUUCGCGUUUUACAUGGGCGACCAUCGUCUACGCGAUGUUUUUUGUUUGGGUAGGAUCACUUGCUUGACUUUCGGGUAGUGUUUAAUUGAGCUCUGGUUAUACCGGAGUCUAGUCACGCCCUCGCUCAUAUAGGUCAUCGAGGCGUCAGGCCUCUAGUCCGUAAACCUAAAACUAAGCCGGUGGGGAGACCUUCUCGCAUUUACAGCGUCCUAAGAAAAAUAAGGGCGAUAAAGAUCUGACUUUAGCUAGCGUUCAGCUAGCCUUUUCUUGCAACUUAGUGUGUUCGACUUCGGAUUAGCUAGAGGACUUUAUGAAGGCUGGCGUGGUUUGGUCAUAAUGGCAGUCUAGCUUAUGUGAUCGAACGCCACCCUUCCUACUCCUCAUAAUCUAUCCUACCGGCGUCCAUGGGUAAGGAACUUCAGCGCUCGACCUAAUAUUGUCGUAACAGUAGCUAAUUUUUUCUUCCCGCCCACCACCCUCAAAAAUGGCUUCUCUAGCAUCUCUCCUCCAAGACGAGGCCCCGGAACUGGAAGCUCCGUGUCGCCCAGUGUCAACAACGAGGGAACAGCUCUCGAGUAUUAAAGUAUCUACCGGAGCUACACAAGGAUCCACAAUCGCACAACUAGCCCGGGACUCUCUUUUAACGGAGCACCAUCUCGAUGCAGUAACAGAAAAGUUCAUCAAGAAUAAUCACAUCAAAAAUAGUAACAGCACAGCAGUAGCAACGUAUAGACCGCUGUCCGCGGAACCGCAGGAGUUCGAUCUCUUCGAAGAAGAUCCCUUUGCCAUCAGAGAGGACAUAGCUUCUCAAGCCCUAGUCGCCGCCGACAACAUUAUAGCAGGACCAGUUGAAGACGAUAACGGCAGCGAAAUAACUAAGCGGAGGAAAUUCAGCAGAGCCUUAGAUGGGGACAGUAAUUCUCGUUCCACUCGCAUCAUCAGCGCUAGACGCGACGUUGGCUCGGCGCUACCGUGGGAUCGCGUGGUCCAAGCGAUUGCUGAAGAGGUGCGAAAGAACCCACCACCACCCACAGUACACCAGCCAGCUACCCCGCUCCAAGUUGCAGUCACCUCCGCUGAAAGCGCCGCUGCCUUGCCGUCCCUGACGCAACUUCGCUGGAACAGAUCAACAAUAGAAGCCUAUAAACGAGAAGGAAAGAAGUAUCGCCAAUUGAUGUCCGCUUGUUCGCUUUCCUCUCAGGCAACGCACGUUUCAGCGUACUCGAUGCGCCUGCUAGCCAGAGCCUUCGCCCUGUCAUCUGAAGCAGCGCAAAGUCGGGCAGUCUAUUUUUCUCAUAUUAAGAACCACUUAGCAGCAGAAGCGCCCCUCUCGCAAGCAGCCCUUCAAGCUUACAAAGAAGGUUUCGCGUUACUCGCAGGCCUCAAAACGACUUCGACUCAGGAGCAAGCUCUGAGGCUUACACAUAUUCUCGCCGCGGCCACGAUCAUCGAGCAGCAUCCGACAGUCAAAACUGGCCCGGACGGAAAUCAGGCAACCUUGGUGGAAUAUUUGAAUUUUAUUAUUGCAGCAUGGUUUUGCUUCCUGAGGCCCGACGACCAGCGUCAUACAAUCCGAAUUCUUACGGACUCCCGAGCGAUAUACCACAUCACAUCGAGUAAACGGGAUCAACACGGGCAGAAGGCUACCAUUGAGAUGGUGUGCUCUUGUGGAUGGGCACCCAUCACCGAGAAAGGUCUAGUAGUCGUCUGUCCCGUGCAUGCCUGCUCACAAGACGUUUGGGAGAAAAUAAAGCGUUGGACUUCAGCCGCCUCAACCAGCGCCCUGCACGAAGUCCUUCGCUGCGCCGGGCUGCCAGAAACCGAAGUGAAGCGAAAAGUGAAUAAUCGUUUCGCAUGGAAUAAUUAUUCCGUGCGAGUAGGAGGAGCAUGUGCAGCCAUAGAAAGUGGCCUACCCCUAGAAAAGUGCAAGCUUAUUGGUCGCUGGCAACAGAGUUCGACUUGCGAGCACUAUUGCAGGCAAGCUCUUCUACGACCAGCCUCUACUACUCUCAGAUGGCCUAUAAAAACGCCACACAUUUUUGGAAACUAAAGCAGUUUGCGCCUCUACCACUGCCUAGCAUCUGUUUCCCUUACCGUUGUGACAUUGCCCACGUUAUAUCACGAUGAACACCACAGUCACUCACCCUCUGACCUCAUGGCACAAAGUUAAGUUGUUUUGGCUCGAGUGUUACUAGCCAACGAGAGUGACCUCCGCUUGUGCUAUCCGUCCUUCCUCGGAUGAAAUUUUCAGUCAGUCUGUCUUGAGUUGUUACGUCUGUCCUCUACGAGAGCGCGGCUUCAUCACGGAGUCCGACGUGACUACGCUAGAGUGAGAGUGCGAGAAACGUCGCUAGCAGCGGUCUGCUUCCCAAAACCAUAGCAAAACAGCUUCCACCCCUCAUUCUCGUCAGGUGCAUGCUCUGAAUUUUAACCUCCCUCCCUUUGCUUUCGCUUCGGAGGUUGUCCUUUUAAAACUAAAAGUUUUCUUCUUGCAACUUUGUUUCCAUCUCUCUUGUCAUCGUGCGUCGUGCUCGAACUCAACUAGCUGUUAUAGUUAGCAACACUAGCAAGUCAUCUCAGCUAAGUCCCACAUACCAAAAUGGCCGAACUUCAAGCGCAAGUCGAUCAGCUCACUGCAGACCUGGCUGCAGCUAACGCGCAAAUCGUCGUUCUCAACGGAGCAGCCCAAAUCAACAACUUUCAGCAGGUGGCAGCGGAAGAAGGAGGGCUGGGCGUCCCGACCGAAGCUCAGAAGGAGCAGCUCUCCGCCGCCCUUACCAACUUGGACUAUGGCUGCUCUUCGAAAGAGUUUCUUUUUAUGCGCCGCUGCUUUAUGUCAGAGCGCAUGGAAGACUCCACGAUCACUCCCGCGGCGAUCACGUGGUCGCCGCUGUCGUACGUUGCCGCCUUGCGCGUGGUGGAAGUGCUAACGGACGACCAAGCUCGCACGCUCCAGAAGUUGGUCAUCAAAGAAGUCGCUGGUCCAUUGGGCUCCAGCAAGCAGAUCGCUAAUGAAGUUCAACUUGACCGCGCCGUCAUCUUUGGCAUCUUCUUCGAAACGGUCGCGAUCAUUCUGAAAAAGGAGAACAGACCCACCGUCGCGAACGAUCCCCCCGCCACGUUCUAUCAGCGCACCAUGCGCCGCGCUUUUGUGGUUAACCUCCCGGUCUUCUUCAAGCAGAAAUUGGACACCAAGAAGACGAUGGUCCGCGAACUCGCGGAAAUCAAGAAAGCCAGCGCAGCGGAAAUGGAGAUUACGCUGCGCACGCUGCGUGCCGAAAUCGCGACUCUCAAACGCGCGCAGCCUAUUAACAACACCGAUAAGGAAGCUUUGAAGAGUCGCCGCCCGAACAGCAACCCGUCAGCCAAGGUGUGCCUAAAGUGGAUGAAAGGUGAAUGCCGUGACAAGAAGUGCGAAGCUGCGCAUGAAGGCGAUUUAAGCAAGCUGGCUUUCCUCAACACGCGCUUCAAACUGAAGCUCGAUAACAAGAAGCUGACAGAACUCGCAGCACAGGAGAAAUAGGACGAAAAACUUUAAUUCGAGAGGGGACUGCCCGUCGAGGUCCAGAAGCAGUUCGCGAGCAGUCCGUGACCUCGUCGCGAUCUUUCGGAGAGAAGCAAGCCUUCGCUCCCUUGCAUGGACAUGAUUUAUCCCUAGCCCUGAGGAGAAGGAUCAUAUAUUUUUUAAUGACUCAGGCUACUCCUUUUCUACUCGUGGUUUCGUCUUUUCUUCUUCUAUUACUAUAUGUCGCUAGACCGUUACUACCUCGCUCCGGGUUGCGGCACUCUAUUCGUGAACUAAUCAAUCUUUUACUUGAACAUCUUGUCUGGCUCCUUUUUUCUUCUGGCUUAGGCAUACGGACUUGAUUUCUAUUUACAUCACGUAUUGGCUUUUUUUUUUUUUUUUAUAAUUCAUGACUUACUUUUAACGAAUCCACUGAUUCAGGGUCUGUCACUAAAGGAGACGUCCUUUGGCGGCGAGCAUCGCUAGCGAGCCCGCGCAACUCGCAACAUGCGAUGGUCAUCAGACUUUCCAUAUGACCCAAGUUCUUUUUUUUAUAUAUGUCGCGUCUAGCUGCAGGAGAUGCUGCAGCUGGGCGCCGAAGUAGACGAGAGUGGGGAUAUUUGCGAGACACAGCGGAGGCGGAUCAUGAACCGCCGCACAACUAGAUCGACGCACUUGUUCAAGUCACGAGCAGCAGCCAUAACACAUCGCCGCAACUAGCACGAGCCGCAACGAGAGGAGAUCAAAGAUCAUAUCUUCUGUCCAACAUGAGGGUCGUUGCAUCUGUGAACUAGCCGAGGCGCGCGCUAUCCUCGUAGCGUCUCCUGUCGUUCAUUGGUCCGCUCUUACGCUUUUCAAGCGUAUGCCCUAUGUAUCGCCGCACUUACUUAUCCAAUCCAAAGCCUCUCAGCUCCAGACCUCGCAGCGCGUUUCAAGGAAAUCCCCACACCAAGGAGCCCCUUUUUUCUCUUUUUGUUUAUUCAACCGUCGGAAGCGUCUCCGCACAUAUACAUCAUAGCAGAUAGAUAACUUAUUGAGGUCGCCGGAUUAUAAGCAAGUCGCCAUGAGCACCAGCAACGGCCCGGAAAUUAGCGCCGAGUGCAGCUCAGCGCCGAAUUUCCGCGUGGUUCAUGAACAGGAAAAAUCGCGGCAGUGGGGCGCUCCGCACUGCUAUCCAGACUACAUGGAUCAAGCCAUCGAGUACCUUAAGACAUCCAGCCCGCAGGAUAUCUUCGUCAAGAAUCAGCGCCUUGCUUUAUGGCUAUUAAAUCUAGCAGACGCUACAGCAGCAGCCGAAGAAGAGACACGAACUAACAUGGCCGCGCAUCUCCGCGACCUGUACACGGGGAAGCGCUUCACGAUGUUAAAAGUCUUGUUGGAAACGGCAGUGGCAGCGCACUCAUCCCUUUUCCGACGAAAGCGCGAGAUUUUAUCGAUAGUCAAGAAAUUGACGGAGGGUUUUCCCAUGACAGGAGCGGUCCUGCCAUCCGGUUUCUGGAACCCCCUACCUCCGAAAAAAUUAGAACUGCGCCUACGAGAAGAAGCACAAGCUCGAGCGCGCACCCCUCGCACGCCAACGAGGCAUUGGGCUUCAUCCGCCCAAGUUCUAGAAAUGUGGCGACAGAAAAAAGAGAUGGUUGAGUCAGGUCGUUGGGUUGUCGGCGAUCCGGCAGACUUAUCUGAAGUUGGAGCCAGUAUGGCUUUCCCCGUUACAAGAAACGCUAAAGUCCGCUGCUGCAUUGACUUUCGUCACCAAAAUGCUCUCAUGGAAGUUUCCGAAAAAAUGCGGCUAGUCGGGGCGCGGUCGUCCAUCCAAAUUAUGGAGCGCUGCGUCUCCACGCAGCGGCGGCCGCCAUCAAUGAUGAGGUUCAAAAACGACAUUCAGCACGAAAUCACCGAGCAGCGCGACCUGCUGAGAAUAGCCGAGGAAAACGAGAGCUGUCGCCGCGAGAUCGCCCAGAGAAUGCAGCAGCAGCCGCACACCAACGAUAACGGAGCAUCUUACAGCUUCGUACCUUCAUCCGCCAAGCGGGACUUGCGUCAGUUUUAUUAUCAAUGUGGCGUCAAGUCUCCCACGGAGAACGGGAUCUGGUUCCCCGUGCCAGUACUCAAAGACAUCCAAGCAGCAACAGCCACAACUUGUUCUAGCUCUUCGACGAAGCGAAGUUUCCAGCUCAUCUAUAGCGCGUGCGCAUUAUUCGGCAGCAUCUCUAGCGUCUAUGAUUGCGUAGCCGUCUCCGAGUGUCUCAUGGCCAUUUUCUGCCUCUCUCUUUACACCUUGUCGUCUAUAUAUAUAGACGACAUUCAUACUUUCUCCAGGCCAGAGACACUUGAGAGCGACGGCGCUCUCGUAGACCUAGCCUUAGGCCUGAUGGGUUGGUGGCAAUCAUCCGAAAAGCUCGAAAGUCAUUCGAGCUCGCAGAAAGUACUAGUAGUUUUGGGAGUCGCCUACAGAAUCACCAUCAAAGACUCCAUCCUCGUCUCGAUUGACAGCAUCAAGAUUGCAGAGGCGGCACGAUUAGGGCGUAAACUCGCGACCGACCUGGCCGCCCGUCAGUUGGAGUACAAGGAGCUCUUGUCUUUUCGCGGCCUUUUUAGGCACGUCGCGCAAUUAGAUCGCUCCGCCACCAGCUUAGCUAAGCCGCUUGACGAAUGGGCCGAUCUUUCCUGGUUCCAGAAGCGUAUCCGAAAGAAAGCGCUGAGGCAGACUCUCCUCGCACAGCUCCAGCUGAUGGUCUCCGUUCUCCCUUUCGUCGCGACAUACGAGAUUUCGGCGGCGCGCUCAGACAAGGAGAUCGCACACCUGUACACAGACGCCGCCGCCUGGGAGAGCACAGCGGGCCUCCACAUAGGGGGCAUACUUUUUACAUCCCAGGCUAAACCGCUCGCUUUCCGGUGCCAAGUCCCACUAGAACUCAUUCCAGCGGGCGUGCGGCACCACAUCGGCGUCGGAGAAAUGCUCGCCGUUCACGUCGCCCUUCAGGCUUUUGAAACAUGGAUCGGUCGACGCUUGCUCAUUUGCCACGUCGAUAAUUUGGGCGUCGUUUUCUCCUGCACCCGCAACUCAUCUCGUUGCCCCAGUUGCCAGCAGAUCGCCGCAGCGAUACAUCACCGAAUGAAGAGGACCCCCGCGGACAUUUUCUACACCUGGAUAGCAACAUCCAGGAACCUAGCCGACCCGUUGACUAGAUUGGAGAUAGUCAGAACUUUGACCAACCACUUCAAGUGCAGAUUUCUAAACAGUGACAUCAUUCUAUCCAUAAUCGCCUCCCCAUCCACUUGGGGAGUCUCCCAAUCAGAAACAUGAAUAAGCAUUUCACAUGUCCACAAAUAGACUUUAUCUUUUUCGUCCUAGCUGACUAGAUCAGUGAAAACUAAAUGAGAGUCGGCUCCCCCCCCCGGAUCACUUGCUUGACUUUCGGGUAGUGUUUAAUUGAGCUCUGGUUAUACCGGAGUCUAGUCACGCCCUCGCUCAUAUAGGUCAUCGAGGCGUCAGGCCUCUAGUCCGUAAACCUAAAACUAAGCCGGUGGGGAGACCUUCUCGCAUUUACAGCGUCCUAAGAAAAAUAAGGGCGAUAAAGAUCUGACUUUAGCUAGCGUUCAGCUAGCCUUUUCUUGCAACUUAGUGUGUUCGACUUCGGAUUAGCUAGAGGACUUUAUGAAGGCUGGCGUGGUUUGGUCAUAAAGCUAACAAGUAGUAGAGUAGUAGUUUCAUGGUUACUUAGACAUUCAGUUUCAGAUCUGACCUUGUGUAGCUGUCGCGUUCACCUUCCUCUCUUGCUCUAACGUCAGACGCGGAAAAUUACAGGGGAGAAACACCUCGAGAAAUGCAACGUCAUGCGGCAUUGGCCACUGGGGAACAGGUCAGCGGCAGCUGCGGUAGAUUGUUAGCGCAGAAGAAGAUGGACGGCAGAGUUGUAUCUUACAGUUUGUUAAACGACCCAAAGGAUUGAAAUUGAAGAAUUCUUGCAUCUUCAUAGUAUUAAUAGAAUCAAAAAUCUGCAUCAUAAACAUAAUGUCAAGAAUCAGAUCAAUCAGAGCAGCAAGGACUCUCCUUGAAAUGUGACUGCAGGGAGGUGGAGUGAACAGUGAUUGAAAACUGGAAUCAAUUAUUUUUGAGAAACUUAUGCAAACUCCUGACGAAUAUUUUGGACAAAGACAAUCUUCUUUGAAGUAUUGAAUUAGAGUUGUCCUUUUUUUUUCGUUUUAAAACAGUUGAUGACCCUUUCCCUUUCGAACCUUUGUUGAAGAAUCAAAAGCAAAAGGCGCACUCCUUUCCACAUCCUACUCCGAAGGCAAUAAAUAACCUACCGAAAACCCUUCAUAUGCAGCAACACCUAUGUAUGUAUUCAUUUGAAGACUUAUUAGAUAAUUUGGAAGUACUUAUAGAACUACUUAGUCGAAGUCGUAAACGUAAUCAAAGAGCACAGACGCAUACUCAAUGUCGUCAAUAAUUGAAAGUCCUAAGCAGGGACGAAUUCAAAAAGCCUCAGAGUAGAAACCCAUCUUUUAUCACCGAAAGCCUGCGCAUGAACUUUGAAGAUGAAAAGGUUCGCUUCUCCUUCUUACACUCCCAUUUGCAAUCAAGCACCUGCC